GAUAAUACAGAAUGCAAUUUAGGAAAAUAUAGUCAAAUUAAUGACAAAAAAUAUAAAUGUGAGAAAUAUUAUUAAUAGGCGUCACGCAUGCGUAAAAAUCAAUCGCAGCUACUCUGAAACUGUCGAAUCCCACGUGCGAAAAUGAAAUGUUUAGCAAAGCGGAUGUCGUUGAUAUACUCACAAACAAAAAAUAAAUCGCUUAUCAAAUUCAACAUGGCGGUAGUGUUUGUGUUAGUGUUACAUAUUUUUCAAUAAAAAAUACAAGAAGUUGUAUUUUUAAAGUUAUAAACCAGUUCGUUUAUGUUAUUACUGUGAUGAGUGGUAUGUUGCCUUUUACGCCACCCAUUGUUAAGCGGUUGCUAGGUUGGAAAAAAGGCAAUGACACGGACGACAAAUGGUGUGAAAAGGCAGUUAAGAGUUUAGCGAAGAAACUAAAAAAGACUGGUGCACUGGAAGAACUAGAACGAGCCAUCUCAUCGCAAAAUCACAACACUAAAUGUGUUACUAUUUCUAGGUUAAAAUCAAGUGAUUUAGGAUCAAACGUACAACGCAAAGGAUUGCCUCAUGUAAUUUACUGUAAAUUGUGGAGGUGGCCUGAGUUACAAUCACAUCAUGAACUAAGACCACUUGACAAUUGUGAAUUUGCCUUUUCUUUGAAAAAAGAAGAAAUUUGUGUCAAUCCAUACCAUUAUACCAGAAUAGAAACACCAGCUCUACCAGCUAUUCUAGUUCCCCGGCAUGCAUUAACAAAUGAAGAAUGUAACAUAUUUCCUCAUUCUUUGGAAGAUUUAAGCACCUCAGUACCAGAAAAUACCUCAUUUUCCAAUAUCAAUUUACACAUGCAGCACAGCCAAAGUUAUAUGGAUGCAGUAGGCAUUUGCUCAAAUGGUCCACCUAACAGUCUUGAGUCUCCUCACAGUGCAGCUCCUCCAACUGAGACACCUCCACCCGGUUAUAUUUCAGAGGAUGGUGAUCCAAUUGAUCAUAAUGAUAACAUGAGUCUUUCAAGGUUAACUCCAAGUCCCCAUACAGAUGCACAGCCUGUAAUGUACUGUGAACCAGCAUUUUGGUGCAGUAUAAGCUACUAUGAGCUUAAUACAAGAGUUGGUGAGACUUUCCAUGCAAGUCAACCUUCUAUUACUGUUGAUGGCUUCACUGAUCCUAGUAAUUCAGAAAGGUUUUGCCUGGGUCUUCUUUCAAAUGUUAAUAGAAAUACAGUUGUGGAACAAACCAGACGUCACAUUGGCAAGGGAGUUAGACUUUAUUAUAUUGGUGGUGAAGUGUUUGCAGAAUGUCUUAGUGACUCUAGUAUUUUUGUGCAGUCGCCAAAUUGUAAUCAAAGAUAUGGAUGGCAUCCUGCUACAGUUUGCAAAAUACCUCCAGGUUGUAAUUUAAAAAUUUUUAACAAUCAAGAAUUUGCUGCGUUGCUGUCACAGUCUGUGAGCCAAGGUUUUGAGGCAGUUUACCAAUUAACGAGAAUGUGCACUAUUCGUAUGUCUUUUGUUAAAGGUUGGGGUGCUGAAUACAGAAGACAAACGGUUACUUCCACGCCUUGUUGGAUUGAAUUACAUUUAAAUGGACCUCUUCAGUGGUUGGAUCGAGUUUUAACUCAAAUGGGGUCACCGCGUUUACCAUGCAGCUCAAUGUCGUAAUUUAUGAAUAUUUCUCAAAUCACUUCGAUUUCUUCCCAAAAUAUUUUUCGUGCGUAUAUUGAUUUUCUGCCGUUUCAACUAGUAUUUAUGAAGUUAUUACACUGAACCGUACAAUUCGUUAUUAAUAUUUUGGUCUCGGCUUGAUCAUCAUUGAAUUAUUGUAUUUUUAUUUAAUUGUUGUUUUUACAGAAUUUUGCCCAUU